CGCUGGGACGGAACAUUUCCGGUUCCGUUCUUUCACAGCUACUAGAUUCAUAUGAAUUAAAGGUCGAGAUGUACGUGCACAUCGGUUAGAAGUUCUUGCUUGACUGUAUAUGAUUCAAAACAAUACGAUUUACACACACGUUGUAGCGGCAUGGCAGGCGAAGAAGAGAAAGAACAGGAGAAGUCCUUCAAACUUCUAGGAAUUCUGGAUGUACAAAAGACACCAUGUGCCAGAGAAUCUGUGCUCUAUGGCUCAUUUGGAUCAGUCGUGGCAGGUCUAGGUUACUUUUUAGCAACAAGCAGGGUUAAAAGAUCUUUUGAUGUUGGUGUAGGUGGUUUUUUGUUGACAACACUGGGGAUUUGGUGUCAUUGUAGGUACCACAAUGCAAAACAGAGAAUGAAAAAGAAACUCGUACAAGAAGGAUUAAAAAAUAAAAUUAUUUAUGAAGGGACUAAUCUUGACCCAAUGUUGAAAAGUGGGGGCAGUGGUGAGGAGCCUGGUUCCUGAACAACAAUUGCUGAAGAUGUCUGGACCUUUGCUGCUUUUCUCUUUCAGAGACGGUAUUUAUAAAUCCUCUUGUAGAGGACAUCUACUGAAUUAUGUGGACAAAGCCUGGGUCAAGUGUUCCCUGCUCAUUUGGCCGAGGGCACUUGCUUAUUUUCUUGUCAAUACUGAAUACUGCUCAGCUGUUGAAUUGUAUUCAAGAAAUGGAAACAAAAUAAUAAUUUAAAAUUCUUUUAAGUA